UAUAACAUCUCCUCAUGUAGGAGUACAUGCAGUGUGUGACAGCAGUGGAUGGCCACUGGCUGGCUGAGCUGGGGCCAAUGUUCUUCAGUGUCAAAGAAUCAAACAGAUCAAGACUGAAACAAGCAGCCAAAGAGAAGCUCUCUCAGAUGAAGGCUGAGCUGUCAGUUGCAUCACAAGAAAUAAAAGCAGCAAAAGAAGAGCAAGAUGCCCAGAGAAGAAAGAGUGUUCGAGACAUUGUUCAUGCCAUGCAAGACCGAUCAGGUGGUAUGAGACUGUUCGAGUUCAAAUGCAAAGGAGAGAGACAAAAUAUCAAGUACUUCACUGGAAGUGCAAUACUGGAUUGGUUGAUUUCCUGGUCCUUUUGUUCGUCUCGUUGUGAUGCCUGGAAUUUUGUGUCCUCCCUUUUAACAGAGUUAUUUUCACCCAGUAAGAAUAGACUUCAACAAAGGGCAAUGCAUCAACCUGAAGGAUAACAAAACUUACAAUAAGGAAGUGGCAGACACGGACGAUGCUUACUAGACUACAUCUUUGUUUGUUUUGCUCCCGGUGAAAAGAACGGUUUAUUUGGUAACAGUGACGGUGAGAGUGACUCUGAGUUAGAUUAUGAUAUCCUCUCGUCCAGAAUGCCAACAGUACAUGUAAAUGCUAAUCCCGGUGAUCCCAAAGUAUUAUUAAAGCAAGGAUUCUUGAGAAAGAAGACGUCAAGCCAUCUUAACCCCUGGUCGUCUGGAGGUGGGCACUCCAAGAAGAACACCAAAAAGAAUUGGACUUUAACACCUAUAUGUACCUACGUAUUAAGUAAAACUAACUUUUCUCACGACACUUCACAUAUACUUUUAAAAAAAUGGUUGUCUAGUCAUUAUGCCUCGGUGUUCGCAUGCACAAGUG